CUAAAAGUGGCCAACCUUCUUGCCUCUGGUAAACAGCAGUCAGUUUGUACUCAGAGACAGAGGAUCUCAGCUUCACCUCACGAGAAGAUAUGGCCACUUCCAGUGACUUCCUGUCUGAGGACCAGUUCCAGUGCUCCAUCUGUCUGGACCUUUUCACUGAUCCUGUUUCUACUCCAUGUGGACACACCUUCUGCAAGGUCUGUCUGGCCAGGCACUGGGCAGGCAAGCAGGAAUGCCAGUGUCCUCUGUGCAACAACAAGUUUGACAAGGACCUCAAACUGUCUGUCAACACCACAUUCAGGGAGGUAGUGGACAACUUCAAGAAACAUCAUCCAACAGCUGAUGCUAUUUCCUUGUUAAAACCCUGGGAGGUGCCAUGUGAUGUUUGCGCAGCAAACAAACUCAGAGCCUCAAAAACUUGCCUGGUGUGCUUAGCCUCUUUUUGUGAAACACAUUUAGAGCCUCACCUGAGAGUGGCUGCCCUACAAAGACACAAACUCUCAAAUCCUGUUCCCAACCUGGAGGAGAAAAUAUGCAGGGAACACAACCGGAUUGUGGAGUUCUUCUGCUUGAAUGAUCACGUUCGUCUUUGUGCCUUGUGCACAGAACAUAGCGAUCAUGACACAGUCAGUUUGAAUGAAGCAUAUAUAGACCAAAGAUCUCACAUCUGGAGGAGGAAAGAGAAUAUCGGACAAACAAAACACAAAAGGAAUGGAAAGGCACAAAGUAAAAAGAAAGGCAGAAGUAGGCGAGCAGAGAACGUGAAGCAUAAUCAAAAGACAGAUGGUGAUUGUUUACCAUACCACAGAAAUAUCCCGAGCCACAUUAAUCCAUUUAACUCUCAAAAUAAAGAUUUCUCCAUGCUAACAGAGAUGCAUGGGUUUGAAGUCAGUGCAAUGGUUGGGUUGGAUCUAGCAGCAAUGAGAGAGUCAGAUUUUGUAAGGAUGCAGGUUUUACCAAACUGGGAUCAUCAUUGCAUAUUGAGAUUUAAAGUUCAGCGGAACACUCAAAGACUAUUGUUAUUGAUAGAUUAUAGCAAUGGACUGCUGCUCUUAUAUGAUCCAGACAAUAAAAUCUCGCUUCAUCGAUUUAUCGGCAGUGAAAUCCAUGAAAACAUUGUCCCAUUCUUUAUCCACAGUCAGCCCGGCUUUGUAACAUCAUUGCAAAGUUUGAGAAGAAGAGUUGAAAGCGUUUCAGAUCGUUUAGAUAUUUCACACUUGUGUCUUCAGUUUUUUGUUAUAACACUGAUAUCUUUUUGUAUUUUACAUUCCCUUCUAAUAGGGGGAGAUUGAAACAUAUAUGAAUUAACUGGGCCACUUGGCAUGUCCUCUGCCAUCAAGUUAUUUACUUAAGCAACCAAUAAGAAACAAACCAUAUGUUAGAUUUACAUUGUUAACUUGGUUACUUUUUUUUAUCUCCUGUUCUGUUUAAAUUUCAUAUUUUUGUACUUUUGAGAGCUGAUGUUUGAUAUUGAUUGUAUAAUCAAUCAACUUUUUAUAGAAUUUGCUAUGUAAAACAAACAUAUACACAAAUACAGUCAUAUUCAAUAAAUUCUAACAUGUCCUGUCAUUGGACUUGUUUUGUGAGAUUACAUUUUGAAGAACAAUAACCAUUUUUAUAAGCCUACAUUGCCGCAUUAAACAUGUUUCUACUGGGUCUGAUGUCAUAUUCUGAUCUUCAACAUUGUGUUGUCAUUAACUGCAGGAGAAAACAUUCAGAUAAUGUCAUUAUCUGUCACAUUUGUGUCAAAAUGUGACACAAAUAACAUCGAUUUCCUUAUGGACACACUGUACCCAUCUUCUGAUAGAUGGGAGAUGAUCACAAGGCUCAUCAUCUCAUAAAUCACGUUAUUUAAGAUGGUGGUAAGUUCACUGUGCUCCAGUAACCAGUCACCAGCUCUCAACCCAGCAGAGAACCUUUGGGAUGUGGGAGAACAUGACAACAUGGACCAAGGACUAUUUCCAAUAUCUUAUUGAUUCUCUGCUGUGAAGAAUUAAGUUAAUUAACAAAUUAAUGGCUGGAGUAAUGACUUUGUGUUGGAGAAAUCCAGCAUGAAACAACCAGCAGUAUAAAAAAAACAAAGAGAAUACUGACCAUCCUGGUCAAAGGUGCAGUAUGUAAGUUCAUAAAAAUAUAUAUUUCUUAUAUAUUAUUAAAAAUGUCACAAUGACAGAAUAUUAAGAGACAGAUCAUCUGUGAAAAAAUCAAUCUUCUCCACCUCCUCUCCGACCUACUAUUGUCAUUUGAAGAAAUCCACAGCUCUCGACCAAAACAGUCAGUCAGAGCCAGGAGGGUCUUAACAUUGCUGACCAACCUCAUAUACUCACUGCCAAAUGUGCUGAUGGUGGAGGAACAACUUACAUUACAGGAAAACCAUUUCUUUGCCUUCAUCAGUGGCCAUGCUAACUAGCGUGGGUGUUCGUGACAGGCUUUUAAAGCUGCAGCGUCGCAGAAAGCAAAGGGGGAAAGAUCAGAGGGAUAAUCAGAGAGAGCUGACUGACAGCGAUAAGACCUUUCUUCUUACUCUGAUUGGUCGUUUCUAGACAGAACUGGAAGCACUUGGAAAAUGUAGAGGACCUGAAUUUUUUCAGAUUAUCUGUCUCAUACCAUACUGUGACAACAUAGGGACAGUUUCAACAAAUAUGCAAAAAAGUAAUUUUUAUAAAAGUUACAUACUGCAGCUUUACAAAUUACAUUUCUCCACAUGUAAGACCGUCCAGCAAUUAUUUUCUA